AUGGAAGAUGAGGAGGUGAAGAAGCUGGCGAGAAGAGCUGCUGCCCUCCCUCUAGUACCUCGUGACAAAGUGGAUGAUGUGUGGCUUGAUGCCAUCGCUGACUCUCCUGCUGGCCCUAAAGUGACUGCCUUCAUGGACUACGUGACAACCAGUUGGUUUCAAGGAGGGGCCUUCAUGCCAGAGAUUUGGAACCAUUUCGAAAACCAAGGCCACCGUACCAACAAUCACCUGGAAGGGUGGCACAGCAAGAUAAAGAAACUUGCCAAGAAGUGCCAACCGACCAUCUACGAGCAUAGCCGCGAGAGCGACAUCGACUGUAAAUGGAGAAAUGACCUCACAGAAGUCAGUGGCAGGUUGAAGUGGUCACGCCUUAGCCCGGAUGUUCUCGGCGAAGACCAGUGCAAGGAGACGUAUCACAGACUGGUAUCUGCUGUCAUAGUAGGUGCAUAUCACAUGAAGACGGACAUCACAGAGUUUGUUGACACCCUCUAUAUGUACCCAUCACAUGUGAUGAGUGACAACGCCAUGACAGAUGACGACGAUGGGACAGAUCCUCAGAUGUGCAAGGUGGGGCCCCACAACAUACAGAGGAAUCAUCUCCUCGAUCAAACAGCAUGGCUUGGCGAUGAGGUGAUGAAUGCAUACAUGCAUGUCCUGAAGACCACGUCGAAUAGGAUCCACAGCUGCCACUGCGCUGUACUUGAUUCCUUCUUUGUCAACCAUUGGGAGAAAGACGAGUAUGACGUGCACCCCUGCAAGGAGGAACUUGGAACUUACACGUGGAUCCUGAUGCCAGUGAACAUGCCACUGAAUCAACACUGGGUGCUUCUGGUCGCCAAUGCCCAGGAUGGAACAGUGGGCGUGGUCAACUCUAAGCCUGUCCUUGAUGUAGGGGACAAACUUAUACAACAUUGGAGAAAAUAUACACGCAGUUUGAGGAGAGGUGAUGGGUCAGUGGUCACAUGGACAAAGACAGAAUAUCCAGUACUGAGUCAAAGAGAUGGACAUAGCUGUGGCGUGUUUGUGAAUAUGGCAGCAGAAGCUGUACUAUCGGAGGUGCCCAUCAGUGUCAUGAGAAGCUGCCACACUGUCUGGUACAGGAAGUACAUCUGGCGCAGGUUGCGAGAAUAUGCUGAUGAACAUAUACCGCCUGAUACUGACACACAUAUGCUUGAGUCUCCAUGUGAAAUGCUGACAAAUAAUCCAGCGUCAACGAAUGCCAGAGCGUUUGUGUAUACAAUAGUCAAUAUGUCGACCAGCAUAGAUGAUACGAGAUACAGUUUGCAUAAAGCAGCCAGCCUCGGUGAUAUUAGACGCAUGCACUUGUUGAUAGACCAGGGGGAGGAUGUAGCAGGUACCGAUGACCGAGGAUGGACGCCUUUGCACUGUGCCUGUGAAAACGGUCACGUUGAAGCUGUCUCUGAUCUGGUUUCCAGGAGGACGGGCGACGUACAAAAUAGAGCUCAACUUACAUUGUACAAUCCUGUCUUGGGUACGGAGUAUAUGUAUCUAGCAGGAACAUAUCCACUCCACAUUGCUUGUUUAAAUGGACAUGAGAAUGUAGCGCACAUUUUGAUCAAUAGCGAGGCAAAUGUUGACGACAAAAGUGAAAAUGGAACAACAGCUCUUUUUCUUGCUUCUAUUAACGGACAUGAAGCUGUAGCUGCACUUCUGAUCAAGAAUGCUUGUUUGUAUGGACAUGAAUCUGUAGCCGCACUUCUGAUCAAGAAUGGUGCAAGUGUUACAGCAUUAACGACGCAUGGAGUGACGGCACUACAUCUAGCUUGUCAGAAUGGACAUGAAUCCGUAGCCGCACUUCUGAUCAAGAAUGGUGCAAGUGUUACAGCAGAAUACAAUGACGGAUUGACAGCAUUACAUCUAGCUUGUCAGAAUGGACAUGAAUCUGUAGCCGCACUUCUGAUCAAGAAUGGUGCAAGCAUUACAGCUGAGGACAAUGACGGAUGGACGGCAUUACAUCUAGCUUGUCAGAAUGGACAUGAAUCUGUAGCCGCACUUCUGAUCAAGAAUGGUGCAAGCAUUACAGCUGUAAAUAAGAACAGACGGACGGCAUUACAUCUAGCUUGUCAGAAUGGACAUGAAUCUGUAGCUGCACUUCUGAUCAAGAAUGGUGCAAGUGUUGCAGCAGGAACGACACAUGGAGUGACGGCACUACAUCUAGCUUGUGACAAUGGGCAUGAAUCUGUAGCUGCACUUCUGAUCAAGAAUGGUGCAAGUGUUACAGCAUUAACGACACAUGGAGUGACGGCACUACAUUUAGCUUGUCAGAAGGGACAUGAAUCUGUAUCCGCACUUCUGAUCAAGAAUGGUGCAAGCAUUACGGUUCAGGACAAGGACGGAUGGACGGCAUUACAUCUAGAAUGA